AUGAUACGAUCCCAUAAGGGCAUGCGAUGGAUCAUGGAAUGGUCCCAUCUCUUCCUGGAAGUCCUUUUCAAGGACACGUUGCGCAACCCCGGCGUAUCCAAUGACGAGUUCGACUUCCGCUCUGAUGCUGGGGACGCGUAUUCAGAGACAACGGCGUUCGUUUCUUCCUCCUUUGUUGCGCUAGACCAUUACAUCGAAUGCUCAAUACCAUCUGUCAACGCCGUACGAGAGGCGCCCCUCGCCGACAUAUCUUAUCUCCUCCCGACGAUCGUGGGAUACGUCAACUCGUACUCCCGAGAUGCCACCCAGCCCUCGCCGCCCAAUGCUUACAGCUCGAAUGUCAUGCCCAUUACGAACGUGCGCAGAUCCGACGACGGAUACAGGAAGUACCUCCUAGAACAAAAUAUGCUGAUACGGACUUGUCGCGCCCUCGCUGAGCCUACUUCCCCUCGUAUUCCCGUCCUUCAGCGAACCUGGUCCAUGUACCUUUUGCCGCCCAACAGCCGGGUGGAGCUCAUCAAGGUGGCGCUCCGGCACCGUCUCUUGCAGUCCAUCGUACGAGCUACCAAUCUGGUAGACAGUUUCGCGCCGCUGACGGGGUUUCUGGAGAUGGUUAUAGAGUAUAGGGCGGAGCGUCCGAUGUUGGCGAGGAAGGCGAGGAGUGAGAUCGUCCAUGGAGAGUUGGAUGUGAGAGAAGACUCACCUCUGGAUCCUACCCUCAGUCCGUCCAACGUUCUGGCGGAACAACGAGAUAAGGCUUGGGAGGCUUGGGGAAGAAUGAAAGAGGCUAUCAUUGGUGAUAGGAACAUCCUUGAGAAGUGUAUGAAUCCGAAGUGUCGUACAAAGCCACGCAAGGAAAUUUUUGAGGAAGUGCACGCGAUGCUUAGAGCUGGUGGUGUGCUCGCAGGAGUGUCAUGA